AUGAUGAAAAUUCAUGACAUGUGCAAUAUUGGCAUAGAUCCAGACGACGACGUCAAAGACCCAGAUCUUAUGAAAGGCUUAGAAAAGUUCCUUGAAGAUGAGCUGUCAGAAGAAGAACGAAGAAAUUUCUUAGAUAAUACCAUUCGAAUUAUGGUGAACAGAGCAUUGCAUCUUAAAAGAUGGCGCCCUCCUAAAGGACUUAUAUUCAGCCUACAACAGCAAAGUGACGUUACUGAACUGGAUUACAAUUUUCUGUCAUCUCUGGUUGCUCAUGCAUUUUUCUCCACUUUCCCCAAAAGAACGCUCAAAACUCACCCGACUUUACAAGACUUCAAUUUUACACAAUUUUUUAAGAAUUUACACAGAAAAUCACAAAGAAAUAAAUUAAAAAGUUUGCUGCAUUAUUUUGAAUGGUUGGAUAAACAUAGCAAUGAAGGAUCUAUUAAAAUAAGUAGGCAGGUAAUGAGUUCAAAACAAUGGUUGACGAUUGAAGAUUGGCUAGAAUGUACACUACCACUGUGUAAAUUACUAGUGAGACACGAGGGUAGGCCCGAAAGAUGUGAAAAUGAUGAGGCGAUCAGAGUGUGUUUCGCGAGCAGUAGAGUUGGUGGUGAUGCUCUUAUUGAUGGAGAGUCACAAGAAUCAUUAACGAUGUUUAUGAUGCCGGAACUACUACCUAUUAUGCUCUCAGUAGAGGCACUGGAAGACAACGAAGUGUUGAAAGCGGAAGGAGUUAGAUUGUUCAGUCGGAUAAGCGACAAGAAACAAAAACCUAACAUAGAAUUACUAAGCGAACCUAAAAUAGUGACCGUAUGUUUAAUGGACGCCGAGGACUACAGUGCAUUGCCUCUGGGACAGUGGGAAGAAGACAACAUACUUCGUGAACUGAAUAAAAGCCUUCUCGCUUUCCAGCAGUCGCCAAUCAAAAGCCGUGACAGUCAACGACAAGAACGAAGAUUGUCGCCAAUUGGUGAAUCAUUUAGCUACUCUCCGCCGGAGGUGGAAGCGACUGUGAUGAUAAAGCAGGCAUCAUCUUGCAGCACUAUAAACAGUUACAACAGUAGGAGCCCCUCUCCACAAACCUAUUGUGCCGCCACACUCAACUUGAAUGAUCCAAGUGUAGAACUAACGAAACGAAAAUGUUGGUUAUCACCCGAUGGAGGAACUUUGAAUAAUCGUCGGGGAAGGUUUAUCGUCCUUGGGUCUUCUGGCGAAUGCCUUCCUGUAACCAGAAGUCCAGGUCUCAUCAACCUGGACACGCAAGAAGACAGUCUUUACUCUAGUUGCAAUUCUAGUGACGAUGAAUACCACAGUGCCAACGAUAGUUUUGAUUACGGUGGCAGUGAAGACGAAGGCCGAGGUGAGAGCGCACGUCCAUAUUCAUUUCAAUAUUCCAAAGAAUUAUCAACUGAGGAAAGAAGGCAGAGUUUUGCAGAGAGACUCCGCGAGGCAUUGCGCAGAGAGGCGGAGAAUUCCUGCACCACGAGCACUACCGGCGACUGGUCCACAGACAGUUCUAGUUACGUUGCAGGAGUUAGUAUACCUUGCGUUGAAGCCAACGGAAACGAAGUCAGAGUGAAACGUGGCAGUUCCGUGGGAUUCGUAUUGACCGACAAAGAAAUUGUGGACAACGGAAAUAUAUCCCCGAGCCGUUCGCCGCUAGAGAGGAAACAAACUGGCAAUAGCUCUAAAUACAGUUUCAGCACAGAAUACACUUCUGAAUUAGAAGAAGUAUACGAGCAGUUCAAUCAAUGGUUAAACGAUCCUAUUGUCGAUAAUUCUGUUGAAGAAAAUAAAACUCGCGAAUUAGAUCCCCGAGAUUUAGCCGUGAUAAGAUUCGCGGGCUCGCUGCUAAAGCGCACGCUGAGCGAGUCGAUGGCGAGCGGCGGCGGCGCGGAGGCUGCGGAGCUGUACGGGCGGGACGGCCGCGAGCGCGCCACGCCGCGCCGCCUCGCGCUCGCCGCCCGCUCGCUGUCGCUCGAGCUCGCGCGACAUCGCCACCGCCUCGCCGCACAUUUGAGACAUAAAAUAAGACAGUCAAUACCAGAAGAGAUAUUAGAGAGCACGCGGGAAGAAAACACAAAUGGCGACAAAUAUUCUGACUCGAAUGAAUCAAAAUCACUCGGAUCUUCUACAGAGACAUGUUCAACGCAGUUAUCUAGCCCUAAUGUUAAAAAGAAAAAACUUAAUUGGGUAGUAAACAUGAUAGUAGAGACUAUUGAAGAGACAGUCGAAUGCGAACCCGUUACCGUUCCUAUAAAGAGACCGAAGUUAAAUCAACUGGCCCACAAAAUUGUGACGGGCGGCUCAUGUAGGCCGGUUGCGACUGGCAAUUGGGGUUGCGGCCGAAGGCAACGAGGUCAUCCACAACUUAAACUCCUGCUUCAAUGGCUGGCAGCAAGCGUAGCGGGAGUACCCGCUUUAAUUUACUACACAUUCGGAAAUGAGAAAUUAUUUAAGCUGGAUACUUUAGUAAGAGUACUUGUGGACAGGAAGUGGACAGUGGGGCAGUUAACGCGAGCGGUCUUGAAGUACGCGCGUCAAAUUCUUCACGAGCCCCACGUCAUCCCGGAAAACCAUUCACUCUUCGACGAAUUGAUCGGCAUCGAAAAAAUACCGGACGACUUCUAA